GAUGAUGUAAUGGUAGAAAACCUCACACUUCCUCAGCGUGACAAAUUACUCAAAAUCUGGUACCUGAAAACGGAUCUCCGCCGCAAGUUCCUUGCCUUGAUAGAAGAGAAAAGACCCCUUGUACGUGUCUGCCGGCCAGGAGAAGCAACCACCCUUGGAACCGAUGGACAGCAAAAGUUGAUUGAAUCAGUCCGCAACCGUGCAAACGCCCUUCGCAAAAUAUUAAACCGGUAUAACAAACAAGUCAGCACUUUUGUUGACAGUUACCCCGACCGCCCUCAUCCUAGGACCUUGGAGUAUACAGAGCUCUUGAACCUCGAAUCGGAAGAUGCGUUUUGGAAUGACGGAUUAUUCACAAAUCAAAACCAACCAUGGGCCGUGGAUCAAACUACUCAAGAUGGCAUCCGCCACCUUGCGGCUCUCAAUCGUGGCAAUGAAGAGCAACGACGUGUGGGAUGGGAGAUGCGAAGGGCAAUGCGAUGGGCAGUCAAUUGGCAUGAAAAACUUUUGGGAUUGAGUGAACAGAUGGAAACUUGCUCAAGAACCGAAGACGAGUGGAAUAUCCUUAUAUCAGACCCAACCAUUCGCACCCUUUGUGAGCAUCCAAUUCUCCAAUCACUUGAUCGACCGAAGAGGAUAAUGGCCGCCAGGUCUUUGAUUCAUUCUGAGAUGAUUAAAGUCUUCCAACUGCAACGGGCAUGGAACCGAACAUGCUCUACUGUUUUCAAUGGAACCACAGGACAGUUGGGUGAUAGCAGCCUCUAUCAGAAGUGGAUACAGCAAGUUGACCAUGUGGAAAAUGGGUCCUACUCAAUUAUAGAUGGAGAUCCAAAAAACCAGGCUGUUAACCUGCACACUGGGACACAUCAUCAGACAUCCCCUUUAGAAGCCGACAAUGAUAGAGAGGAGGAGGAACUUGAUGAUGAUGGGCACCUGGAUGAUAUAUCACAUAUAGUGCAUCAGACCAUGAUGGAUCAACUUGCAAAUGAAACAAGAGAUGGAGAUAGAGGCAGUAAUGUCAAUGAUAUUGAGGAGUAAAGUGUGCAUUUAGCUUGUCUCAUGUGGUGGUAGAAAUAAACUUUGAUUACAUGUUAUCUUAUUUUUACUUGAAAAUUAGUUUCUUGUGCAGUUA